AUGCUCACCCAUUCGGGCACUCUCAAUUGCUCUUCACCAACUACAAUAUCAGCGGAUAAUUGGAGGGAUUGUGUGGUGAAAUGCGGAAAGAAUCACAGUUGUAUGGUUGGUUUUUGGACACAAAUAUUGUACUGUUACACAAAGUUGGCUAACAAGGGAACCUUUUAAGUGGGUGUUAUCUCCAGCACAAACGAAUGACACAGUUCGAAAAAGGGACUUUCUUUUUUCCUGUAUUUUUGACGAAAUUUUUUUGAAGCGAUUAAAGUUGCCAACUGAAAUUCCUCAUCGUGUAUGCGGAAAUUCUUCAUCAACACAUGCAUCUUUUUUGCGAUGGUUUUUUUCAGAACAGCGUUUGAGUGCAGUUGAUUCUUUGAUCCAUAACUCGAAGGGGAAUUUUUGUAGAGAAUAAUGCUCAACUACAAAGUUGAUCAGCAUGAGAUUUACUCCAACUUUUCAGUUGACCACUUCUUUCUAAAAAAUUUUCUUCUUGAGAUACAAACUGUUGAUAAAAAGUGGGUCGUAUCACAAAAAUCAGCAAGUUUUCAAAAAAGUUGUCAACUAAAAAAGUAUGCAAAAUUUCUUCAGUAAUGUGUCUUUAGUUGACAACUUUUUGAUAUCUCAUUCAAUUCGCGAGAUACAGCAAGAUUUUGCACCACUAUUUUUAACAGCCUGUAUCUCAAGAAGAAAAUUUUUUCGAAAGAAGUGGUCAACUGCAAAGUUGUAGUAAAUGUCAUGCUGAUCAACUUUGUAGUUGAUUAUUAUUCUCUACAAAAAUUCCCCUUCGAGUUAUGGAUCAAAGAAUCAACUGCACUCAAACGCUGUUCUGAAAAAAACCAUCGCAAAAAAGAUUCAUGUGUUGAUGAAGAAUAUACGAUGAGGAAUUUCAGUUGGCAACUUUAAUCUCUUCAAAAAUCAACAUUUCAAAACAAUUUCGUCAAAAAUACAGGAAAAAAGAAAGUCCCUUUUUCGAACUGUGUCGUUCGUUUGUGCUGGAGAUAACACCCACUUAAAAGGUUCCCUUGUAAUGCGUUCAUUUGAAGAAAUUGCCUAGUUUUCAAAACUUUACUGAUACAAAAACAGUUGCUAAUCGACUCGCUCCGAACUUUUUCAAUUUCCAGGCUGCGCAGACCGGGUCUUCGAUCACAUGCCAAUUGUGUCCAUUUGGCCAUGUUUCCAGCUUUCAAACCAUCAAUUCCACGGCGAAAAUCGCCCUGAAAGUAUUGAUUUUCCCAUGGAAACGCUCGCGAAAAUUGUUUCAGACAAACUCGACCGUUAACCAAACGUGCGCCAACUUCAAAUCAGGGACCACUUUCACUGAAAGCUAUUCCCAGAACUUGACCACUUUUCAAUAUACGGCCAAAUGGACUGUCGCUGGAUGGAUUGUCACUUUUAAAAGUCUGAAAGUUACGUAAAUCCGCUUUACAAUCUGUUUCAGCAAUUCGAAAAUGUGCCUCUGGCUGGAAGCACUUCAAUCGGACCCUCGGAGAAUGGUGCAUUCGGGUCUCCGUCACUGAUUCAUAUUUGAAUCGGACCGACGCAGUUCGAAAGUGUACACGGGAUGGGGCGGUUUUGAGUGGAUUGGAGACGAUCAUCGAGCGGGAUUGGGUGCAUAGUGAGUAUUGAUGUGAAAGCGUGUUAAAUGUGAAAAAGUUAUAAAGUAAGUGGAACGGUAAUAUUCAAGACAAUGUAUCUCAACUGCCGGUGGAGAUAUAAAAAAGUUGUCAACUGAUAAAAUGUACACAAUUUGCUGGCAAUCAUUUUGUCAGUUGACAACGUUUUGCCAUCUCCAUCGGCAAAUGAGAUAUAGCGGGGACACAUAUUGUCCCAGUUCCAGAGAAAAUAGACUUUUGAAUACAGCUUCAACUAGAUGGUCAUAAUCCGACAGCCCGUUAUGCGCGAUCUUUUGUUGUAAAAUCACAGUUUCAACAGUUGCAUAUUCAAAGUGUUCAACAGUUUCCCAGUCACUCUGAAUCCCACGAAAAACCACCCGUUUCCCUUCUUCCAGACACCGCCCUUCCUCUCAUGACGGAUCUGAACGACGGAGUGUGGCAAGUGCAGAUCUGGCUGGACGGCAUCCGGAGAUCCGAGUGCGCGCCCAUCGCGGACCGCGUGUUCCCUGCCGGCUGUGAUGGGACCGCCUCGUUCCGGUUCUCCGAUAAAACGCUGUCGACAAAGGACGGAUACACGUGGUCGGACGGGAAUCCCGACGGGUUACGCUACGAUUCGAACACGGUCCAGAACUGCAUCGUCAUGUGGAUCAAGCCUAACGCCGCACUUGCCGACGACAAUUUGUGAGCGAUUUCCUUUUCUUAAAAAAGGAUUUUUGUUUGCAUCAAACGAGAAUCUAGAAUUGAGGUGAAUUCUAGUGUGCCCGAAACGGAUAACUUUCAGUUGUACUGCCUCGACGAACAACUACGGAGCGACUGGGUUCGGGAUCCGAGGAUAUGCGUGUGGGAAGCCGGCCGGAUGA